UUAUUUUAUUUUAUUUUAUUUUAUUUUAUUUUAUUUUAUUUUAUUUUAUUUUAUUUUAUUUUAUUUUAUUUUAUUUUAUUUUAUUUUAUUUUAUUUUAUUUUAUUUUAUUUUAUUUUAUUUCUGUUUUCCCCCUCCCAAAGAAGCGGGUGAGCAGAGCGCCCCGACUGCGGCACUCACAGCGCCUCUCAUCCCCUCGAGUGCCCAGAGCCAUUAACGCUAAUUAAGCCUCGCGGAGCCCCUUUGCAGGCGGGUUAAGAGGAGCGCUGGGAGGAAGAAGCUUUCUUGAGAGAUUUUCCCUCGGGGAAAAAAGUCAGCAGCUGCCAGCAGGCUGAGACCUCUGAGCCCCAGAAACAUCAGCCCCACAGCAGCCCGGUGCCACCGCUCGGUUCUGGAAGCCUCUCCCACGGCCUCAGGUGGAAGAGGCUUCUGAAAUGGAGGGAUUGCUUGAGGGCUCGGCGCCCCCGGCCGCCCCGAGGGCUCUGCUAUGAUCCGGGAGCAGCAUGGGCAGCGUCAGCAGCCUCAUCUCGGGCCACAGCUUCCACAGCAAGCACUGCCGCGCCUCGCAGUACCGGCUGCGCAAAUCCUCGCACCUCAAGAAGCUCAACCGCUACUCGGACGGGCUGCUGCGCUUCGGCUUCUCGCAGGACCCGGGCCACAAGGCCGGCUCCAAGAGCAGCAAAAAUGAAGAUUUCUUUUACAUCAAGGUCAGCCAGAAGGCGCACGGCUCGCAGCAGCGGCCGGACUACACCGCCCUGGGGGGCGGCGAGCUGGGCGCGCCCGCCGGGACCAGCGGGCUGGACUUCGGCACGCCCACGCCGCAGAAGCUGAUGCCCUUCCCCAGCCAGCUGGAAGUGGCCGGGGAGAAGCCGCUGCCUCGCCCCACGGCCUUCAAGCCGGUGCUGCCGCGCUCCGGGGCCAUCCUGCACCCGUCCCCCGAGGCCGGGGGGCCCCUGGGCCCGCAGCUGCACCCCCCGGAGAAGGGCAAGGAGCAGGAGCUGCGGCCGCUGCCGUGCUCGGGGGGCCUCUCCGACUCCGGCCGCAACUCCAUGUCCAGCCUGCCCACGCACAGCACCAGCAGCAGCUACCAGCUGGAGCCCCUGGUCACCCCCAUGGGCCCCCUGAGCCGCUUCGGGGGCUCUGCCCACAACAUCCUGCAGUGCGCCGUCAUCCAGGACAGCAACAUGAUGAGCCUCAAGGCCAUGUCCUUCUCCGACGGCGGCAACAAGAUCCUGAACCCCGGCAAGGCCCCCCAGCACCACCACCCCGGCGAGAAGAGCGCCUGCGUGCGCUCGCCCCUCGCCACCGACGACUGCACCGUGCAGGAGCUGGAGCAGAAGCUGCUGGAGAGGGAGGGGGAGCUGCAGGAGCUGCAGUCAAGCUUCGAGGAGAAGGAGAUCAGCUCCUGCCAGGCCUACGAGGAGAAGCAGCGGCGCUGCAAGGAGGAGCUGGAGGGGCUGAAGCAGAAGUGCAACAGCAAGCUGAAGCAGACCUCGCAGAAAACGCAGCGGACGCAGCAGGUGCUGCACCUGCAGGUGUUCCAGCUGCAGCAGGAGAAGCAGCAGCUGCGGGAGGAGCUGGAGAAGCUCAUGAAGGAGCAGAACCUGCUGGAGACCAAGCUGAGGUCCUACGAGAAGGAGAAGACCAGCUUCGCCCCGGCGCUGGAGGAGACGCAGUGGGAGGUGUGCCAGAAAUCCGGGGAGAUCUCCCUGCUGAAGCAGCAGCUGAAGGAGUCGCAGACCGAGCUCACCACCAAGACCACGGAGAUCCUGAGCCUGAAGGCGCAGCUGAAGGAGCUGAGGCUGAAGAUGGAGGGGCUGGAGGUGAAGGCGCAGGAGCUGGAGGUGUCGCUGCGCACCAAGGCCAUGGAGCUGGAGGUGUGCGAGAACGAGCUGCAGCGCAAGAAGAACGAGUCGGAGCUGCUGCGGGAGAAGGUGAACCUGCUGGAGCAGGAGAUCCUGGAGCUGCGCUCCGAGCUGGCCGCGCUGCGGGAGCAGCUCAGCGAGGCCCGCCAGGGGCCCCGGCCGGGCGGGGACGAUGCCCAGGCCCUGCAGGGGCAGCUGGAGCGGCUGCGGGCAGAGCUGAAGGCCGAGCGCGACAACAACGAGCAGAUGAGCUGCAGCUUCCAGCACGAGCGGCAGACGUGGAAGGAGGAGAAGGAGAAGGUGAUCCACUACCAGAAGCAGCUGCAGCAGAGCUACCUGCACAUGUACAAGAGGAACCAGAGCCUGGAGAAGAUGCUGCAGCAGCUGGCGGCGGGCGAGGACGGCAAGGAGCCCAUCGAGCUGGAGAUCCCCGGCGCUGACGUCCCCUACGAGGACAUCAUCGCCACCGAGAUCUGA